AUGUUGUAUGAAGCAUAUGCGAAAGGUCCAUUGCUGGGGCAAGGUGAAUUUGGCUCCAUGUAUGCUGGGACCUGUAGGUCUGAUGGACUGCCAGUUGCCAUUAAGUAUGUGUCUAAAGGUAAAGGCAGGGCGAACAAGAGGCUGAAAGUUGAAGGCCAGGGUCUGCUGCCACUGGAGGUUGCACUGAUGACCCAGGUCAAUUCAGCUCCUGCCUGCCCCAAUGUCCUGCAGCUCGUGGAGUGGUUUGACUGUCCCACUGAUUACAUUAUGAUCCUGGAACGACCAGUUCCUUGCCAAGAUCUCCAGAGCUUCUAUGAGGAGAACGGCUGUUUGGAUGAGAGCCUGGGCAAGAAAGUGCUGGUCCAGCUCAUCACUGCGCUGAAACAUUGCGAGAGCCGUGGAGUCUUGCACCGGGACGUCAAGCCACAGAACCUGCUGAUUUCCACAGCUUCACAUGACAUCAAGCUGCUGGACUUUGGUUGUGGAGACCUCCUAAAGGACUCGGCCUACACAUUGUUUUCAGGCACUCUUCAGUACGCCCCUCCUGAGUGGUUUCAUCAGCAGCGCUACCAUGCAGAACCGGCUACUGUUUGGUCAGUGGGGGUGGCGCUCUACAAGAUCUUAUGUGGUUUUUUACCGUUCAGAGCCGCAUGGAGGGUCACCUCUAACAGCAGACUGCACUUCCCUAGAGAGCUCUCUACAGAAUGCCGUCAGUUGAUUAGCUGGUGUCUCAGUGCAGAGGUGGCAGACCGUCCCAGCUUAGACGACAUUGAGCGCCAUCCCUGGUUACACUGA